AUGGCGCCUCCUACAGCGUGCACGUCGCUGCCGGAUCGGGCUCGAUGCCACCACGCUAUCUUGCCUCUCCUCCGCCUUGCGCAACUCGUGACCAAGGCGUGGGCGAAUUCACACUGCGGCUCCGUCAAGUCCGCGCUGGUCGUGCCUCCAUCAUUUCGCUUUGGUCGACUGCGCAUCAUCGCCAAAGGAAACCUGAUGGAGAGAGUCCGAGUCGCGUGGGGAGGCGCGUUGCGGCAAACGCGGUCGAUUGUCCUCUUCGAUGGCCUCCGCGGCAAGGUGUGCGCAUUGCACGUGCAUUCCAGCCAUCCAGGCGGCGCUGCUGCCUGCGUCGAGGCCAGCACACCAGCGGCCGUCCCUCCAUCCCAAGCUAGCAACGUUGUCGUGAUGUACACACUCAGGUAUAUACCACAGGUCAUUUCCACGCUCUUGGCUACACUUCAUGGCAAGUUGUUGCGUACGUGGCGCACAUGCGUCCAGAUGCAGUGCGCCGCUUCGUCCGGGCUCAUAUGUGUCACGUCCAAGUCGAUCGGAUGGGGCACUGCGUCGAAGAGCGUUUUCGUCGCGUAA